GAAUGCAAUGACUCAGCAGCUACAGGAUGAAUUUGACAGUAGUGUGGAGAAUGCAGAAGUGUGGAUGAAGGCCAUCCAAGAGAGACUGAGAAUCAAUGACAACACCAAGGGACCUCGAUCUGCCCUAGAAGCCAGACUGCGGGAGACUGAGAAAAUACGUGCGCUGGAACCAGAAGGCAGCUUGAAAAUGGACUUGAUCCUUGUGAAGGCAGAUGCUGCUCUUCGCAGCAUCAGUGAGGAUAAGAAGCAUGAGGUUCUGUCUAAACUGAAAGACAUCAAAGCCUUGUGGGAAGAGACAGCCAUAUACAUUACACACUGCCACAGCCGUAUUGAGUGGGUCUGGCUGCACUGGAGUGAGUACCUGAAAGCCCAAGAUGAGUUUUACGCAUGGAUUCACAACAUGAGGGUGACCUUGGAGCCUGACAUCGAGUUGCAGCUUGGCUUAAAGGAGAAGCAGUGGCAGCUAAGCCACGCUCAGGUUCUGCUGAAUGAUGUCUUAAAUCAGUCAGUCCUGCUGGAAAGGCUGCUGGAGGAAGCUGCUUCCUUGUUCAGAGCUGCUUCCUUGUUCAUGAGGAUAGGUGACCCCAGCGUUGAUGAGGAUGUUCAGAAGAAAAUGAGGGUGGAAUAUGAAGGAAUCAGGGAGGAAGCUCAGAGCAGGGUGAAACUGCUUGAGAAGAUAACCAAGGAACACGAGCAGUACAGCGCUAACGUCAACCAGUUUCAAUCGUGGCUGAGUGGUGUGACAGAAAGAUUAAACUGCUGCAUUGGAGAAGCAACCAAGUCUUCAGCAGAGGAGAAGUUAAAGACGUUGAAGGAAAUUGCCAAAAACAUUAGGAGCGGGGCAAAGAAAUUGAAGCAUCUUGAAAUUCAAUGUGCAGAGGUGAUUCACAACACGUCCCCCCUCGGAGCUGAGAAAAUGAAGGAUGAACUCGAAGAGCUAAGAAAAGCCUUGGAGAAGUUGAAACUGCUGAGCAGUGAGGAGGAGGAGAGGUUGCUCAAGAUCCAACAGUCAGAAAGUGCCUACGAGUCCCAGGCCAGACAAUUAGAAGCAGAUGUCCAGGAGCUGAGAAAAGAUCUACAGAGACUAGAAAAUGAGCUGGACCUUGGGGAAGGGGACAAGACUGAAGACGAGUUUGUAACUCUGUGGAGAAAAUGCAACGCAACAAGAGCAGCUCUGGCUGCAGAAGAGUCCAAGGUUGAGAGGCUGAAGGCUCAGCUUAAGGAACUGCUACGGUUUUCCCAAGAUGUGCAGCCACACGCCGAGAGUGUUGUCUCUGCAAUACAGCACUAUCAAAG